UGAAGCGCUGGUUGAGGGAAUCACAAAGGGUCGUGGUGGCAAGGGCUCCAUCUACACCUGGGCCUCGGGUAACGGCGGUAAUAACGGAGACGACUGCGGAGCGGACGGCUACGUCGGUAGCAUCCACACCAUCUCAGUUGGUUCCAUUAAUGACAUGGGGGAGUCGGUUUACUUCAUGGAGAAGUGCGCCUCAACGAUGGCCGUCAUUCUAGCUAGCUGUCUGGAGGAAUCAGUGACAUCAAGGCCAAAGGGGAUUACAGUAAACCUCAAUAUCUGGUGAUCACAACGGACAUCCGUGAUGGUUGCAUUGAUAAUUUCAUCGGGACAUCCAGUGCAGCCCCACUAGCAGCAGGUCUCUUUGCACUGGUUCUCCAAGCUAAGAAUUCAAAGUGCACGGAUGCAAUGGUCGUCUACAAAAAACAGACGGGGGCGAUGGACGCAGACGAACUAGUCAAGAUUGAAGAUACCUCCUCAAGUGAGGAUGAAGACCGACCGGCAACGAGUAGAAAGCGGACAGCGGAGUUUGGUUCACCUCCUGCUAAGCGGAUUCGAAGCCUCGCUAGCUACGACACCAAAGCUUGGAUCAAUCAAUGUAAAGAACUUACUCAAAUGCUGUGGAAUUGUCAAGACUCUGAGCCCUUCCGUUACUCAGUCGAUGAAAUGCUUUAUCCGGAUUAUCGCACCAUCAUAGACACCCCUAUGGACUUGAACACAGUCCGAGAGCAACUUGAAGGAAUGAUCUACCAAGACCCCAUGGAAUUCUGUAAAGACGUACGCCUCGUCUUCACCAACUCAAAAAGCUACACCCCAAACAAAAAAUCUAAGAUCUAUUCCAUGACGUUACGUUUAUCAGCACUCUUCGAGGAGCAAUUCAGACCUAUUCUAAGCGACUACAAAUCAGCUCUAAAGUAUGAGAAGCAAGUCCGUUCAAGACUCAAGAGAAAUAAAAGCUUGAAAUCGCGCAGGAAAUCACGUCGCCCAUCCACCCAAGCCUCGUCCUCUAACAGCAAAGCCUCGUCAUCUCACAGCGAAGAAGACGAGGAGACAGAGAUCCCUACUCGUGCGGGGCCAUCCAGGGUGGGGCCAUCCAGGGCGGGGCCAUCCAGGGCAGGGUCAUCCAGGGCGGGGUCAUCUAGGGCGGGGCCAUCCAUAGAGAACUCAGCCAGCGUCGCCAGACCUAGUACUAAGACAGUUAAAUGCCAAAGAAAGUCCAACCAGUACCAGACUAAGUGCCAAGAACAUUCCGUCCAAGAGUAA